AUGGCGCAACCAUAUGGGCAGCAGGCCCCCCUCGCCGCCGCCAACAAGAAGCGUUCCCGCUUCCCCCAGGCUCUGCCAGAUGCUCUGCUCCAGGCGCACGCUACCUCGUCAGUCAUCCCCUCGAUCGUCAAUCCGCCCUCGCCCCAGCUCGUUCCGCGCCACUCGUCCAGCGCAAGCAGCUGGGGCAUCGAGGAUCUCUCCGACUCGGACGGCGACUACGACUGGCACUCGGCUUCCUUGCCCCCAAACGUCGCCCCGCAACCAUGGCCUGCCCACUCGAACCUCGACGAAGAAACGCACCACGACGAGCUCGCCUCGCUCGCCAGACCCGCAAAGCGUCCGCAUCUAGAAUCCCACGAGGAUCGACAGACUUUUGGCAAGCUCGCCGGCCUGCACAUCCACUCUUCUCCAGUGCCGCCGCACAUCCCAACAGCGUCUCACCAAUACGGCUUUGGAGAUCGGCCGCUCGCGCCUCGAGCCAACACGGGCCUCACCGCCGCCUUUGGACUCGCCUCCGCCGUGCCCUCCUCCCGACCGCUAGACCCCUUGGUCGCAGCCCACAUCGCCGCACCGCGCGUGCCGCCAUCGAGCCCCACAAAGCUUCCAUCCGCUCCCCUUGUUCCCGCCGCACUCGACAUGCACGCUUCCGCCGUCUACCAACAUGCCAUCGCACCGGCUCCACCCACCUCGCCCAGCCUCUCGCAGAGCGCACCAACCUUUGCCCAAUCCCACAACCAUCCUAUGCAUCAGCAUCACAAUGCAUCACUCGAUGCAGACGCUGACGCCGAGAUGAGCAUGUCGCGCCGCGUCCCAUCCAGCUUCGAAGUUGAACCCAACCGCAUCGUCGUCACCAGCUUGGACGACUCCUGCUCCUCCGAUAGUGAUGACGAAGACGGCGGCGGCGAUGACGGCCCCGCCUCGGAUCGCGACGCUGCACACCGAACCGCGCCCGUAGCCAAGCCCUCGGACUUUGUCAUCAACAACGAACUCAUCGAAAAGCUCGAGGCGCAUAGCCGAGCCGUGAUCACCGGUACCUCGCACCGCGACAAUGCCGCCUCCACCUCGCGUUCCGGCGCAGCAGCAGCGACAGGAGCGGCAGCAGCAGCCGCUCUCCCCGUCCGCUCCCGGCGCUCAGGCAGGAGAUCCGCUGGCACUCCCGCCAUCUCCGGCCUCGGCUCGGUGCUGAGCAGCCGGCGUCGCUCGAACCAAUCGAGCCCGGCCUCGUCGGGCUACGCAACUCCCAUCAACGCCGACGAUGCACGUGGCGCGCUGAUCCUCUGGAAGGAUCCCGAACAAGUGCUCAAGGCGGCCACCACCACGGCUGGCGCCUCGUCGGCUGGCGCGCACACUGCCGCCGACGCAUCCGCCCCGGCGCGCACCGGCUUCCUCGGUCAGGCGCCUGUGGCCUUUCAGUCGGGCCCAGCCUGCGUUGGCCAGGCUGGUGCGCCUGUUGGGAUGCCUUCGCCCCCGCACACGCUCGAAAGUCCGCUAUACGCACAGCAGUCGCGCCUUUCGAGCUCCUACUUUCCAGAGCCCUCGGUGCUCGAGGCGCGCUUUGGCGGCUCCAUAGCCGCGCCGCCGCUGCAGGGCUUCGGCACGGGCGGAUCGGCGCCAGGUUUUGUUGCGAGUGCGGCUUUUGCGGGCGCGCCUGCUGAGCCUCACUACGGCGAGCGCCACUACGGCCACCACUACGGCUUGCCCGAGCCAGCGCAUUCGAACCUCGCACCGCACAUGCACGUGUUUUCGGCCGCCUCAUCGCGCACCAACGCUGCGGGCGCCCAGCCUGUCGAUCUGUCCGGUUGCCUGGGUGCUUCGGAAGAGAUGGAGCUCGACAGCUGA